CCUGGCUAGGCGAGUAGCCCCGGUAAUCGGAAAAACCCUGCAAUGAAAAAAAGUUUGGAGGGGUUCCUCGGUCCACAGGCCACUUGAAUCUUCUAAAGCUUUCUAUCACAGCCCCAACACCGCGAUAGCUUCACAUUUCAACAUCCGAGUUUCCUCCUCCUCCUCAGACAGUUCCGGAGAAAUUCUCGCUCUGCCCGCAAUCUGCCAUUGAGCAUACACACAUAUACACAACAUCACAAUGGCCACCGCUAUCCGAUCGAUCAAGUCGCUGGUGCCGCUGCUGGAUCGGGUGCUGGUGCAGCGGAUCAAGGCGGACACGAAGACGGCCAGCGGCAUCUUCCUGCCGGAGUCGAGCGUCAAGGAGCUCAACGAGGGCCGCGUGCUGGCCGUCGGCCCCGGCGCCCUCAGCGAGGACGGCAAGCGCGUGCCCAUGGGCGUCCAGGCCGGCGACAGGGUCCUGAUCCCCCAGUACGGAGGAUCCCCCGUCAAGGUCGGAGAGGACGAGUACCACCUCUUCCGCGACAGCGAGAUCCUGGCCAAGAUCAACGAGUGAUCGCGAACGAUACCCGCACGAGAACAAGAACCCCACGACCCGGAUGUACCAUACCUACGCUACGUGUACGAUAUUCGCAACGACAAGUGUGAAGAAGGCGAGGACUGAGAGGGAAAGAAAAAAAAACCGGAGUGGAGAAUGCAUGUGGCGAACUCGCGAGGGUCAUGCUUUGUAUAGAGCCAUGUAGAUACCGCGCUGAGGGAGGAAACGGGGGAGGAGUGGGAGGGGAGGAGUAGAGGGGGCGUCUACGUGAGAAAGAAAAAAAAAAAAAGAGCUGGGCCGCACGGUAGUCUUCACUCUGUAGAGAUCGCCUCGGGCCUGGCUUGAGGUGUAAUUGAACUCCACUCUUCCCUUGCAAUACUUGCUCUCUGGAAUUCGCGAGGUGGACACGAAGCGCUCUCGUCGGUUUGGAAAGGGGGGGGAACUUGCCUCUUCCUCGUAUCCGUCUGCCGCGAGUGUCGCGAGGACUGCGGGCCAUUUCGAGUAGACGGCUACGGCCUGUCCUUUGGCAGCCAACUCCUCGGAGCCGGCCGUGGGCUUGUAACACAGUGAAGCUAGCCUCCCUUCCGGUGGGUGGCGGCCUGUCCGUCCUUGCCUGUAUCGACGACGGGGCACCCCGGCGGCGAAGAAAUCCCCCUCAAUGCAGAUAGCCCCGGAUACGUGUGCUAGUAGCAAAAUCUACCUACGACGACGUCGACGUCGUGGUUCUGGAAGCAGACGCGGGACU